UCUAAACCUUUCUUUUCUUCAACCUUCCAAAACCCUAUUUUCCUCUCUGUUCUCGUCGUCGCCAGGUAACACCAUCCGAUCGUGUAAUGGGGAACUGUUGUUCCCAAAAAGAACCUCCAACUGAAGAUGGGCACCCAAAAACCGAGGAUAAUAAUGAAGAAAGAUCCGGAAACGAUCCAACAAGAGCAACACCUCAAAGCGCAUCUCCAUCUCCAACAAAAAAAUCAGGCAAGCCAUCCCCUAUUGGCACCGUCUUGGGACGCCCAAUGGAAGAUGUCCGGACAGGCUACACCAUCGGCAAAGAGCUCGGUCGGGGCCAGUUUGGUGUCACCCAUUUGUGCACGAAUAAACAGACAGGAGAACAAUUUGCAUGCAAGACGAUAGCCAAGCGAAAACUUGUAAAUAAGGAAGAUAUGGAAGAUGUUAGGAGGGAAGUACAGAUUAUGCAUCAUUUGAGCGGGCAGAAUAAUAUUGUAGAUCUUAAAGGGGCAUUUGAAGACAAGCACUCGGUGCAUUUGGUGAUGGAAUUGUGCGCUGGUGGAGAGUUAUUUGAUCGGAUUAUCGCCAAGGGUCAUUAUACCGAGAGGGGUGCUGCAUCGUUGCUAAGGACAAUCGUUCAAAUCGUUCAUACUUGUCAUUCUAUGGGUGUUAUUCAUAGAGAUCUAAAGCCUGAAAACUUUCUUCUUUUAAGUAAAGAUGAAAACGCUCCCCUCAAGGCUACAGAUUUCGGUCUAUCAGUGUUCUAUAAACAAGGCGAGGUAUUCAGUGAUAUCGUUGGAAGUGCGUAUUAUAUCGCACCCGAAGUCUUGAAAAGAAAAUACGGGCCAGAAGUUGAUAUCUGGAGCAUUGGUGUCAUGUUAUAUAUUCUUCUAUGUGGAGUUCCUCCUUUCUGGGCAGAAUCCGAGCAUGGAAUAUUUAAUGCAAUCUUACGUGGGCAAGUCGAUUUUUCAAGUGAUCCUUGGCCUACGAUAUCUCCACAAGCCAAGGACCUAGUUAGGAAGAUGUUAAAUUCCGAUCCAAAGCAGCGGUUGACUGCACAUCAAGUUCUUUCUCAUCCAUGGAUUAAAGAAGAUGGUGAAGCACCAGAUAAGCCACUUGACAACGCUGUUAUGGGUAGACUAAAACAAUUUAGAGCAAUGAACAAGUUCAAGAAAGUCGCUCUUCGGGUUAUUGCUGGAUGCCUCUCUGAAGAAGAAAUCAUGGGACUGAAGGAAAUGUUCAAAGGCAUGGAUACUGAUAACAAUGGAACAAUAACACUCGAGGAGCUAAAGCACGGACUUUCUAAGCAAGGGACAAAGCUAACAGAAACCGAAGUCAAACAAUUGAUGGAAGCAGCUGAUGCAGAUGGGAAUGGAACAAUAGAUUAUGACGAGUUCAUAACAGCAACAAUGCAUAUGAACAGAAUGGAUAGAGAAGAGCAUCUCUACACUGCAUUCCAAUACUUCGAUAAAGAUAACAGCGGUUACAUAACUAUUGAAGAACUGGAGCAAGCAAUCCGGGAAUAUGGUAUAAGCGACGGUAGAGAUAUAAAAGAAAUAGUAUCCGAGAUUGAUAGUGAUAACGAUGGUCGGAUCAAUUAUGAUGAGUUUGUGGCAAUGAUGAAAAAAGGCAACAAAGAAACUAGUGUACAUCCAACAAAGAGGCGAAGAGAUUCCUUUGUUCCAACAUUCUGAGUUUGCUCAUUGCUUAUAUGGGUGGGAGUACAUAUAGCAGUUUAGCAUCUUUCAAAGAUGAGAAGGCUCUUCAUAAUAUACUUGGAAUUUGCUGCAAAAUACAUGUCCCCUCUGCUGAAGUGUGGAUAAUGACGAAAUAGGUUUUGAUCUCCAGAGAAUAAACCACUGGUAGGGAUAUGGGUUUGUGGUAACAUAUUCAGCGGAUAUAUUAGUCAUGUGUAUACUUGUAAUACUAAGAGGAAACAAGUAACAUUUGAU